CAAACACAGCAAAUUAGUUAGUUAUAAGCCUUAACAUAUCUUCUUCCAAUGGAUUAUACAAAAUAUGAUUCAUACAAAGAUGAAGAAGCUUGCAUGUUAGCAAUGCAACUAGCAACUGCUUCAAUACUGCCCAUGGUUCUGAAAGCAACCAUUGAGCUUGACCUUUUGGAGAUCAUAGCCAAAUCUGGCUCAGAGGCCUAUGUCACUCCUACUGAGCUAGCCUCCAUGCUGCCAACCUCAAAUCCCGAUGCACCGGUUAUGCUGGACCGGAUCCUUCGAGUCCUGGCUUGCCACUCGGUCCUUAAAUGUAAGCUUAAUGAGCUAGCCAAUGGUCAAGUUGAGCGGGCUUAUGGCUUGGCGCCAGUGUGCAAGUAUUUGACAAGAAAUGAAGAUGGUGUGUCGAUGGCACCUCUUUCCCUCAUGUUCCAGGAUAAGGUUUUCAUUGAGAGCUGGUACUAUUUGAAAGAUGCUGUUCUUGAUGGCGGAUCUCCAUUCAACAAGGCCUUUGGAAUGAAUGCAUUUGAAUAUAAUCAAUCAGACCCUCGAUUCAAUAAGAUCUUUAACCAAGCUAUGAAAAAUCAUUCUACCAUUAUCAUGAAUAAGAUCCUUGAGAAUUACAAAGGUUUUGAAGGUCUCACGUCUUUAGUUGAUGUUGGUGGUAAUACAGGGGCUACCCUUAAUACAAUCAUCUCCAAGUACCCUACUAUCAAAGGAAUCAACUUCGAUCUCCCCCAUAUCGUCAAAGAGGCUCCAUCUUACAGUGGUGUGGUACAUGUUGGAGGGGACAUGUUUGCUAGUGUUCCAAAGGGAGAUGCCAUAUUCUUGAAGUGGAUAUGUCACGAUUGGAACGAUGAACGGUGCUUGAGGCUGUUGAUGAAUUGUUACCAAGCACUCCCUGACAAAGGAAAGCUAGUCAUUGUAGAGUCUAUUCUUCCAGAGCUCCCCGUAAACUCACUUGCAACAAAGAAUGCUGUUCAGCUUGAUGUGUUCAUGCUGGUCCAAGCUCCGGGAGGGAAAGAGAGGACUGAGAAAGAGUUUGAGGCCUUGGCUAAAUGUGCAGGAUUUGAACGUUUCAACAAAGUGUGCUGCACUUCUGAUUAUUGGAUUAUGGAAUUGUGCAAGUAGUGCUUUGUCUAAGUAACAAGCUCUUCUGUGUGUUCCUAGUAUUAAAUAAAUCUGUUUCUAAAGCAGCCCCGUAACAGGCUCUUCCAUGUGUUACUAGGUUGUUAAAUAAGAAAUCCAUUCUGAAUCA